UUCCACUUGUUUUGUGCAGCAACACUGAAAGGGAGCGUCUGCUGAUUGAGUUUAAUCGGCCUCAGCCCAGUCCCCGGGUCAGGACCUUCAGUGCGCACAGGAGCAGGAGCUUCGCUCAGGAUUUAGACCACCUCAGCUGCAAAGAGCACAUUAGGAAGAAGCAAAGCAGCAGCAGCAGCAGCGUUUCUCACGGGCUGGUCUCCUCAGCAGGGCGGGGGGUGGGUGUUUUUUUUUUUGUUUUGUUUUUAAAGAGGGUUCCUCUCAUUCACACAUAAUCUUCCUCAGCAGCAUCCUGAGGAGGCUUUCUAGUCAUUUCCACAGUGAACCAGCAACAGGUUGAGCAGCAGCAGCAGCAGCGUGAAUGCGAGUGAAGCCGAACAUGCCGAGCAAAAGCCAGUAUCUGCGCCCCCGGCUGUGCACGCUGGAGAAGGGGGACAACGGCUACGGCUUUCACCUCCACGGGGAGAAAGGCAAGACGGGCCAGUUCAUCCGGUUAGUGGAGCCCGACAGCCCGGCAGAGACCUCCGGGCUCCGUGCCGGCGACCGGCUGGUGUACGUGAACGGGGAGGACGUGGAGAACGAGAGCCACCAGCAGGUCGUGUCCCGGAUACGAGCCACCGUGGGUCGGCUGGAGCUCAUAGUGGUGGAUCCGGACACGGAGCAGCUGCUGAAGAAGCACAACUUGAAGUGCCUGAAAGCUUUUGUCACCGACGGGGUCCCCCUACCCUUCGAGGAGGAAGAAGAGGAGGAGGUGGUAGUGGUGGAAAAAGAGGAGGAGGAGGAGAAGAAGAAGGAGGAGGGCGAGGUAGUGGUGGAGGAGAAGCAGGAGGAUGGAGAAGUGAACGGGACAGAAAACGGAGAUGAGCCGCGAGAAGAAGAGGUGGUGGAGGAGGUGAAGCAGGAGGAGACACCAGAGGAGACGACACCAGAGGAGACACCUGAGGAGACGACACCUGAGGAGACACCCGAGGAGACGACACCAGAGGAGACACCUGAAGAGACGCCCAGAGAGUCCACGCCGAUCCCAGCGACUAACGGGCAAAUCCACGGACACGUGGAGAAGAAGCUGAGCAUCAGCUCUGAGAAGGAGCAAGAGGUGCGCGCUGAACUGCGGCCACGUCUCUGCGUGAUCCAGCGAGGCACCAGCGGAUAUGGCUUCAACCUGCACAGUGAGCGGGCGCGACCGGGACAGUACAUCAGAGCUGUGGAUGAAGACUCUCCAGCAGAAAGGGCAGGCCUGCUGCCCAAAGACAGGAUAGUAGAGGUGAACAGUAUGUCGGUGGAGGGUAAGACGCAUUCAGAUGUCGUCGCUGCCAUUAAAGCCGGCGGGCACGAGGCCCAGCUGCUGGUGGUGGACCCCGAAACGGACGCCUUCUUCAAGAGGUGCCGGGUCACCCCCACCUCUGAGCACCUGACUGGUCCGCUGCCGGAGCCCAUCGUUAACGGAGGGAUGGAGGAGAAGGUGAACGGCAGCGUGGCAAAAGAAGCGACGAGGGACUCGAAGGUGUCCGUCAGCCCCUCCCCGUCCAACGCCUCGUCUAACGCCUCGCUCACAACCCCGCCCGCAAACACCCCGCCUGAGGGAACAAUCACAGACGCCAUCCCGGCUCUCAACCUGACGCUGCAGCAGGUCAAAGAGCUCGCCCACCGGAAACGCUCCAACAAGAGAGCCCCGCCCAUGGACUGGACCAAGAAAAACGAACUCUUCAGCAACCUAUAGGGCACAUCACCUCACCUGAGACACACACACACACACACACACAAAGCAAUCAGACAGAUUUUUUUUAAUAAUUAUUAUUAUCUUAAAGAAAAGUUCCAGCCUUUGGGUAAAUUAUUCCUUUUAUUAUGCUCUUCAUGCUAUUAUAACCCAGAUAUUAUGCUAUAAAAUGUCCUACUAAAAAGAAAAGUGCAUAUGCCAAUGAGAGAGAACUGCAUGUGUGCGACCAUGGCCAUGUGUGUAUGCGGGUGUGGGUUAUUUGAGCUUGUGUGGAUCCAAGGAGGGGGGCUAAGAUUCCUUAUCGGCCUUUUAAAAGUUUAUACUAAUGUUUAAAACACUGAAGUGUCUUCUGAUAAAACAGCGCGACAAUCAAUACAUUUCUCUCUGUUUUUGGGAGCAAACCUCUGGCAGUAGACCGAGUUAAACUGCUUUUCAUGUCCUUAAUUUCACUGGAUUUCUUUUCUUUUAUCGGAUAUCACCAUAGAGCUCUGUCUUCUCUAAUUAUUUCUUACAUUUUGGGAAAUGCUUACUGAUGCCUUUUAAAACUGGAAAUUGCUGUAUUUUAAAGUGUGUUCUAUUAUAAUAUAUGUACAUAUAUCAUAUAUCAUGUAUAUUUUUUACGCAUAUGACUUAAAUCCCGCACUGUAACGAACGUGGUCUCAACUUUAACCCUUUGUUGCAACAGUGUCGUCCUGCCACUCGACCAUACCUGCGUUCUCUUUUAUAAAAUGUGAACUCCAGCAUAUUAUUAGUGUAACUUAUACCACCCUUAUAACCAUUAUUGUUACUGUGAAUGACUGCUCACACAGUUCACAUUUUUAGCAUACUGAAUAUUUUUAUUGGAAAUUAGAAAUUGUGAGUUGUUUUUUUUUUUUUUUUUUUUUUUUUACUUAUUUCUGUGUUAAGAGCUAUAAUUGUGUAGGGUUUGGAUGAUGUUCAUAAGAGGGAGUGGCUGCGUGUCUUUUAGACUAUAUGCAUUUGUCCAGUAUUGAUAAAGGCUAUCAUUUUAAUGACUGAAUUAUAUGAAGAGUUUUUGUAGUUUGUGUAAGCAGUAAGAGAUUUCUAUUCUGUAAUGCGUCGAUCAUCGCAGCGUUAUCCUGGUCUUUGAGAAUAAAUAAAAGUACUAUACACUG